CAUUUCAGUUUGAAUUUACCGAAAUUUCGUCUGGCGUCAUCGUUUCAUUCAGUACUUAAUUUCGUGCAGCGAUGCACUCUAAAUAAACCCACAUUGCAUUCCCAAUCCAAUCCAAUUCAAUUCUCGAGUCAAAAUCCAAGUAACGAUCGCACGCAUUCGGCAAUUCGCCAGACAGAAAUGCCGAACAAAUAGAGAUCCCAAUCCCAAGUGAAACCUUCAAUCCAAAAAACAAACAUAAAGAUAGAAACAAGCAUUUUCGCAGAAAUCGAGAUCAUGAACACGCCGAGUGCCACCGCGGUGAAGGCCCAGAUCCUGGAGAUGACGGGCGAGCACGUGGACCAGCUGCAUGCGAUGUGGUCGCACUUGUUUGAGCCAAAGACCUGCGGCGAGUUCCUCCACCGGCUAAAAGAUCAUGCCCACAGCUUCUUCACGGAUCUGCUGAACGAGUCGCGCGAGAAGCAGCAGGCCAUCCUCGGCGACAUAGCCGCUCUGCGGGCGGAGGCUACCGAUCUGACCCGCCUGCUCCACGAAACGGUGGACAUUGGCGAGCGUCCGGAUGACAUGCCGCUGGUCAUCUGGCAACUGAAGCUGGACAAGAGCAUCGAGCAUCUGCGCGACGAGCUGGGACGCCGGCGGGCGGAGAUCUGUGAGCUCCUCCUGCAGCAGGAGCAGCUGUGCGAGGAGCUGGGCGAACUGCCGCAGCCGCUGCUGGCCGAUCCACUGCCCCUGCCCGAGGAGAUGGAUGCCUUCCGGGAUCGUCUCGAGCAGCUGCGCGACCAGCGAGUGCUGCGCCUCCAGGAGAUGGACCAGCUACGCCAGAGCAUCAAGCACGACAUGAAGGUGCUCGAGUGCCUGCCCCAGACGGAUGCUGAGGAGCGUCUGCUCAACCAGGUGGAUCACUGCCUCACGCCGGAGACCUUCGAGCGGCUGCGUCACAUGCAAAAGUCCUUUGCCGACCAGGUUAAGGAGUUGCGCGAACGCAUCGACGAUAUGCGCGACAAGAUCCACGUUCUCUGGGACCGGCUGCAGGAGACGGACGAGUAUGCCAUGCGUCGCGUGCGCGAGUCCACCUCGUACAACCAACGCACCUACGAUGUCCUGCGCGAGGAGCUGCAGCGCUGCCAGGCCCUGCGACGACAGAACCUCAAGACCUUCAUCGAGCAGCUACGCAUCGAGAUCAAGGAGUGGUGGGAUCUUACGCUGAAGAGCCCACAGGAGCGAAAGCGUUUCUCCAACUACUACAACGACUGGUACAACGAGGAUCUGUUGGAGCUGCACGAACUGGAGCUGGACGACCUGAAGACCUUCUACAACAAGAACAAGGAAAUAUUUGAUCUUUACGAGAGCCGGGCUGAGCUGUGGGCGCGCAUGGAGGCACUGGAGGCCAAGGCCAGCGAACCGAAUCGCUUCAACAACCGCGGCGGCCAGCUGCUCAAGGAGGAGAAGGAGCGCAAGGCCAUUACGUCCAAGUUGCCCAAGAUUGAGCAUCAGAUCACCGAACUGGUGCAGGCAUACGAGGCCCAGGAGAACACGGCCUUCCUCGUGCACGGUGAGAACAUACUCGAACGGAUGGCCGCCGACUGGGAGCGCCAUCGCCAGGCCAAGCAGCAGAACUCGGCCCGCAAGAAGGCCCCGGCGUCGGCCAGCAAGAUUAUGCCGCCACCCGCUGCAGGAUCAACAGCUCCUCGCACGCCACGCACUCUGCGCAACAUGUCGACCUUCUCCAGCUCCACCAUGUCGCUGCGCAAGACGCCCUCGCAACAGCACCUCCGACCGCUGAACGUGACCAAGAGCACGGGCAAUCUGCACAAGCGGCUAAAUCCAAAUCCAUCCGGUCUGCAGACGGGCCCCAGGACGCCGAACGCCAAGCGCAGCCUGAUGAAUACCCUGAACUCGAUGAAGGCGUCGCCGGCGCAGCGCCUGCUUGCCGCCAGCCAGCCGCAGAGCCACCUGAAGGCCACCAAGUCGCCGCUAAAGCGCGUGCGCGUUCUGGACAAUACACUGCGGCGCAGCGGCGGCAUGGGCAGACGGAGCAUUGGAACGCGCUCCAGCAAGAAGCCGCGCACCAAGUCCACGGACCAGGACGCACCCAACGACACGGACUACACCACGGACGAGAAUGCCGAGCAUGGUGUGAGCUAUGACGAAUUCCAGCCCACCAGUCGCUCCUCAAUGCUGCCGCGCCAGCGACACCAAUUGGCCGUACCCAGAAAGCGCCACCCGGAGGUGAAUCCCAAUCUGCCAGUGCCACGGGAAAGCCUGAUGGUGGUGCAGCCACGGAGGCAAUUCUAGUUUAAGUUCCACUGCGGAUCAUCUGAAAUUAACACGUACCUACUAUCCUUAACA